CCCGCCAGUCAGUCAGUGUACUAUAGUCUGUCAGUGGUGCGGCUCACUCACCUUUAAAGGGGCUGUCUUUGUGAGGGAUUAGAGUUACGUCCUGUCCUCUCUAUCCCUUUAAGAUGCUUUCCCACCGAGCAGAGAGAGGAGACCCGACAGAAAGCCCUCUGGAGUUCCUCUGGAGUUCCGCUCAGCCGCUGCGUUUCCUCUUUUUGUCGUAACUCUGUUGCAGUUCGUGCUGCAGCUUUUUGCUCUUGUUUUUGUUCGCUGUUAGUUCAGCUUCUUCUGCAGAGACUUGGGGAGCCUGAAGUGCCUGUCAUGGCUGAGAUAGGGAAAGGGGUGAACGCUGGGAAACUGGCUAGUAAUGUACAGAAGAGGAUAACUCGAGCUCAGGAGAAGAUGAUGCAGAAGUUGGGGAAGGCUGAUGAGACCAAAGACACAGCGUUUGAAGAAGAAGUGACAAACUUCAACAAGCAGAUGCUCGAGGGCACCAAGCUGCAAAGGGACUUAAAGACAUAUCUGGCAGCAGUAAAAACAAUGCACGAAUGCUCCAAACGUCUGCAGGACUGUCUAGCAGACAUGUAUGAGCCAGACUGGUUUGGGAAGGAGGAGAUGGACGCUCUCGCAGAGGAGAUGAUAGAGAAGGAGAUGGAUAAUAACCUGGAGGACACAGAUGUCUUAUGGACUGAUUUUCAUCAGAAGCUUGUGGACAGUGCUGUCAUCAACAUGGAUAACUACAUGGCUCAGUUUCCUGAUAUUAAGGCUCGUAUUGCGAAGCGAGAGAGGAAGUUGGUGGACUUCGACAGUGCCAGACAUCACUUUGCCUCCAUACAGAAAAGCAAAAAGAAGGAUGAAGCUAAAAUUGCCAAGCCUUUGGCUCUAAUGGAGAAAGCUGCUCCAGGCUGGGCUCAGGGAAUAAUCACAGCACAUCAAAUCGCUCAAACUAACCUCACCAGAAACCAGGCAGAAGAAGAUUUGGGACGAGCGCAAAAGGUAUUUGAAGAGAUCAAUUAUGAUCUACAGGAAGAGCUUCCAGCUCUGUGGAACAGUCGUAUUGGAUUGUACGUGACCACCUUUCAGAGUGUAGCGGGGCUGGAAGAGAAGUUCCACAGAGACAUGGGCAAACUGAACCUAAACCUUGUGGAUAUCAUGACCAAACUAGAGGAACAGCGGCAGGCCAAAAAACCUGCCAAGACUACUGGGAAGAGUGAAGCAGCACCUAACCACAACGCCAUGGCAGAGUCUGAGUCAGACACGACUACAGAAGCACCUAAGCCGAGACCGGCUCCACCAGGUCCACCGGUCCAACGGCCGCCGAGGCCUUCUCCAGUUAAAGAGGCGAAACAGGACAUCAUUAACCUUUUUGAGGAUGCACUGGUGCCUAAUAUUAACGUUACCCAACCCUCACAGCAAUCUGAUGGGCCCAAAGCGGGCAGUCUGCUGGAUAUGGACCUGGAUGCUAUGCAGGCGAUCAGCACGUCCCCAGACCCCAAGGUGGCCUCAGAGGACUCUUGGGAGCCUGAGCAGACCCUUACUGCAGACACACAGUGGGAUUCAGAUGAAGAAGCUCCUGCAGAUGCGCAGACGUAUGAACAGCCCAGCUGGGAGGACCAGGGCUCUUCAUACGUGAAGCCCUAUGAAGCCCCGAGCUGGGACGAUGAUGAUGGUGGUGGUGCACCAGCAGCUGUGCAGCCUUAUGAAGCACCAGGCUGGGAGGAUCACACCCCCGCAGCACAGGCUGAGACUGAGGCCGGCCAGCCAGACUGGGAUAAUGAAGAGGAGGGAGACUGGGGCGAGGAAGGGGCUCAGACUGACGCAGCUGCUACUACCCUUUCAAAUGCUGCUACAACGGUGACCAAUGGUUCAUCAGAUGCUGAACUUCCCUCAGGAGUUCUGUAUAAGGUCAAAGCAUUGCAUGACUAUGCUGCUACAGACAGUGAUGAGCUAGACCUCAAAUCUGGAGACAUUGUCCUCGUGUUGCCAUUCGACAACCCUGACGAACAGGAUGAUGGCUGGUUGCUUGGUGUGAAGGAGUCAAACUGGCUCCAGAAUAAGGACCUCACUGCUAAAGGCGUAUUUCCUGAAAACUUCACCCAGAGAUUGUGAACAGGACGUCCAUGUUAAAGGAGAAGAACUCUGGCGUAAAAUGGACUAUUGUUGUAGUAAAACAGGAUAAAGAGUUCUUACCAAAUUUGAAUAGCCCACCUCCUUUCUCCUGCAUCUUUCCGAGAUACAGUAAUUUUGUGCAUUUUGCUCAGCACUCUUUUUACAACGGCCGCCUCGGGGCAUAAUUUGCCUUGAUAAAUCGCUUUUUACACCGUUUUACACCGACUCAAAGUAGCUCCACACCUCAUUGGUAGAAUCUGGAGAGCUCUGACAUUUAAAACAAGACAUUAAUAACUUAAAAAGUGCAGAAGAAGCUUAAAAAACCUCUGUUUACAUCCCAUAAAGCUAGCUUCUGCUCCUGGCGCCACCAUCACUGUACUGAUAAUGACAUAGACGUAGAUAAAUGCCUCAGUUAAAAUAUCAGGGCUCUCCAGAUUCUACCAAGGAGGUGUGGAGCUACUUUGAACCUGGAUAACGGCGUAAAAAGAGAUUUAUUGGGGCAAAAUAUGCCCCGAAGUGGCUGUUGUAAAGAGUGCUGGGCAAAAAGCACAAAAUUACUAGAUCUCAGAAAGCUGUGGGAGAGCAGAGGUGUGCUAUUCAACAAAGGUAAGUACUUUUUAUCAUGUUUUAUUACAACAAAAGUCAAUUUUACACCAGAGUUCUUGACAUUUAACCACUAUUUUUAAAACCGUUUCUCCCCAUUCUUCCCCCCCUGACUCUCAUAUGUUUUUGUUUUUUUUUUGUUUGUGGAAAAAAGCAAACCUUGAUGUCGAUGCAGUAUUAUUACAUACUACACUCUGUAGGGUAUUUAUGCAGCAUUUAGCACAGUGAAUCAUGAUCAUUGCUGGAACAAUAAAACACAUGAAGUGCGGUGGGUACUUAACCUUGAACCUUUUUAUAUGUAUCGAUAUUUUAAAUAAUAUUUUGCAUGGUUGGUUUUACAGUUGAGGAUUUCAGAUUAAGAGAUUAAUACAAAUACAUACAGUGCCAGCGAGAUUCUUUCCUCUUACGGAAGGAAUAUGAUGUUUAUCACUGCCGAAAUGAUUUUGUAGUGAGUUAAUUUAUGAAUAAAUUGGAAUUUGAUGACAAAAAAUAUUCUUUAUACUAUUUAAAUAGUUCUAUAGCUUGUUUAUGACACAGAUUCCUCUUCCUGAAUCCUAUCUUUCACCUUUUGAACUGUGUCCUGGAUAUAAGGACAACUGAACAUUGACGAGCCUGAGCCUCCAAAAGUGGAACUGGAGUUUUCCAGCAUGUGAAGGAAGAAAAAACUCAAACUACAUAAUAUAUAUCUUAUACGUUUUUAAUAUGUUUGUGUUUUUAGGCUAGUUACUUUAUUUUAAUAUGAAGAUUACCAAAUAAACAGCCUGUUUGGGAUGAACCCAUGUUGGCUCUACUGUACAAACAGCAAAUAGCUUGAAACAAAUACUGCAAUGUGAUAUUCUGAAAUGUUUUGUCAUGUUUGUUUAUUUCAUUGUUUUUUUGUUGUUGUUGAAUUGUGUUUAAUUAUACCUAAAUCUGGAAUAGACUGGACAGAUAUGCCAUCUAAUCAGUUUAAUUAAAACCCUGUGAUUUGAGAAUGUUUAAUUUCUGAUGUCUUCACUUUGGCGAUCAGGGAAUUUUUGCCAGUGAUGAAAUGCAUUGGGCUCUUUAUUCUACUUUCAUUCAUGCUCAGUUCAUUUCCUGUUGAGCUAAAGGAAUGCCAUUGUCCUUUCAAGAAUAGCAAAUCCAGGUCCAGAAUGUGAAAAUCUAGACCAGGAUUUAGUUUCACCUGCCUGAAAAGCUCUGCUUCUACUGCACAAUAAAGAAUAAUAGAGUUCCUGGGGUAAAUGAUCGCUUUCUGGACCUGGAUUUGACAAUAUCUUUCCCAUUUAAUACAUUUUUCUCCCACUGUCCCUGAUCUUUCUCAAAGUUUUAUGUUUUAUUUCUGUUACAAUGCUGUUUUUUUUUCCAGGUCUUUUGUCAGAAAUCAACACCCAAAAGAAAGACUAUAUUUAUGUACUAUGUUUCCAGUACUGCAUCCUUUUGAGAAAACAGUGUAAAGCUAUUUAUCUGGACAGACACAUUCAAAUGAUUACCAAUAAAUAUUAAUGUUGUAAAAGAAA